CCUAUUACUCUGCUAACUCCUCCAAAUACCCCUAUCUUAUCAUAUAAUUCCAAUCUUGUCCCUACUCGUAUUUCACAUUCUCGCCACCGCGCACCUCAACGUUCUUCCCAUUCAUUUCGCAUCUCUUCUUGUUCAACCGCAUCAGGAAGACAAUAUAUGGGCUCGCAGUUUUGCUUUUAUACAGUACACUAGUUUGAUGAACUUUGGCAGUCACCCUUUCUUUUCGGCUUUCCUUUCCUGUCUCUGUAGAUAUGGAUACUUCCUCGGGUCAAGGCAUUCUUUAUCCGUUGCACCGUUGUAAAACUCUUCACCUGGUUAGGCAUGCCCAAGGGUUUCACAAUGUUGAAGGAGAGAAGGACCCAAAGGCGUACUUAUCUUAUGAUCUUCUUGAUGCAAGCCUGACCCCUCUCGGCUGGAAACAGGUUGAUAAUCUGAGAGAGCAUGUUAAGGGAAGCGGUCUUUCCGAAAGAAUUGAGCUAGUUAUUGUUUCCCCCUUGUUAAGGACCAUGCAAACAGCAGUUGGAGUCUUUGGUGGUGGGGAAAACACUGAUGUGAUUGAUGCCACUCCUCUGAUGAAUCACAAUGUGGGGAAUAGCAGUCGUUCUGCAAUUUCUAGUCAGAAUUCGCCACCAUUUACAGCAGUGGAGCUUUGCCGAGAGCAUUUGGGGGUGCAUCCUUGUGAUAAGAGAAGGGACAUCACUGAGUACAAGAAUAUGUUUCCAGCAAUUGAUUUUUCACUGGUAGAGUCUGAUGACGACAUUUUGUGGAAACCUGAUAUUAGAGAGAAGAAUGAAGAAGUUGCUGCCCGGGGAUUGAAAUUUUUGGAAUGGUUGUGGACACGUAAAGAAAAAGAGAUUGCUGUUGUUACUCACAGUGGUUUUCUUUUUCAUACUCUAAGUGCUUUUGGAAAUGAUUGCCAUCCAAAUGUGAAGAGUGAAAUCUGCACACACUUUGCUAACUGUGAGCUGCGAUCAGUGGUUAUCAUCGAUAGAGGGAUGAUUGGAUCAAAUGAGUCCUCUACCAACUAUCCUGGCAAGAUUCCACACGGCCUUGACCUUCCCAGUGAUGUUGCUGACGAGAAACAUUCUGCGAAUGAGCCAACAAAGUAACAUGAGAAGAUUUUCUUCAGUUAUAUGAUUUCUGCAAAGAAAGCUAGGUGUCAACUUUUCAAGAUGAUGAUGACAACGAUUGCUCCAGUUUAACAUUCAUUAAUGGCCAUUGAUUUUUACAUGGAAAUAUAAUAGAGAUGUUCUUUUACUUUCCCAGUUCCCUUCCUGUUUUUCUCAUCAUACAUUUUAAUCGCUGACCCCUUCUUUCACCUCAGAAAGAAAGGAUAUUUGUGAAAAUUGAUAGUAGUAGCCAAAAAGGUGACCAAAUUCAGAACCAUGGUAAAAGUAGUGUUACUUAUUUGAAAUUUGAAAUUUGAAUGUGAAUCAAUUGUUAUUUGAAA